AUGCAGCUGGGACUGCUGGUUGCCCUGGCCGCGGCCGCCUCCGCCACCGUGAAGGAGAAGGAGCCGUGCCGGCAGCUGCUCAAGGUCGGCCCGUGCGAGGCUCUCGUGCCGCGCUGGUACUUCUCGGCCAAACAGGGCAGGUGCCUCAAGUUCAACUGGGGAGGCUGCGACCCCAACGGAAACAACUUCGAGUCCCUGAAGGACUGCGAGAAGCAGUGUUGUGCUAGCGGCUGUGCGAACAGGUGCCUCAAGUUUUACUGGGGAGGCUGCGCGCCAAACGGGAACAACUUCCGCACGCUGUCCGAGUGCCGACAGCGCUGCGGCGCCGGCCGACCCAAACUCUGCCGGCUGCCCAAGGUGGUCGGGCCGUGCUUGGCGGCCAUCCCACGCUACUACUUCAACGGCAAACGCUGCGCCCAAUUCAUCUACGGCGGCUGCGGCGGAAACGCCAACAACUUCCGGACCGUGGGCGAGUGCAGGAAGACGUGCCGGGCGCAGAGCAUCCUGGUCUCCACCAAACUGCUGAUCAAACAGCUCACGUCCGCCGACAAACAACCCAAGCCGUGA